AUGCAGAAACGAGAUCAAAGCAAGCUGGGCGGCUCCGCCCCUCCGGCAGCCAAGCGAGGCCGCCCUGUCGGCAGCGGAACCAACGCUGCAGCAGUCGCCGCAGCCACAGCCGCGGCUGUGGCCGCGGCCGGAGGUGAUUCUGCCUCCCCUUCCACCCUCCUCGGCCCCUCUCUUCAUGUCCACUCCGCCUUUGCUGAGCAGAAUAGCAAAAGGAUCGUCUUAGCUCUUCAAAGUGGACUUAAGAGCGAGUUGACUUGGGCGAUGAAUGCUCUCACUUUGCUUUCAUUUAAAGAGAAGGACGAAAUCCGGAAAGAUACAACUCCCCUAGCCAAGAUUCCUGGAAUGCUCGAUGCUCUACUUCAAGUUAUAGAUGAUUGGCGUGAUAUAGCUCUGCCAAGGGUUCUCACGAAGGCACCUAGAGUGAGGUUGCUGGGUGCUAAUUCUGCUGUUACUGGAUUUGGGAACCAAUACGAGACCUUGAAUUUGAGCGACUCUGUUCCACAUCCUAUUGCUGGAUCUGGUUCUUCAAGUAAAGAGGUUUCUGCUCAGAAGAAUACCACAAAGCCCCGCGUGUCAGGUUGGUGGUUUGAGGAAGAUGGCCUAUUUAAUCUCGAUGAUGAAGGACGUGUCGAAAAGCAGCAGUGUGCUGUAGCUGCUUCUAAUAUUCUAAGGAAUUUCUCUUUUAUGGCUGAGAAUGAAAUCCCGAUGGGCCAGAAUCGUCAUUGUCUAGAGACAAUGUUUCAGUGUCUGGAAGAUUAUGUUACAGAGGAUGAGGAGCUUGUUACAAAUGCCAUGGAGACAAUCAUGAACCUGGGCCCGUUGCUAGACCUUCGAAUAUUUAGCUCAUCAAAGCCCUCUCACAUCAAAAUGACUGGAAAACGUGCGGCUCAGGCCAUUAUGGGAAUGUUGGGGUCUGCAGUCAGGCACUGGCACUGUGCGGCUGCAGAAUUACUUGGUCGCAUGAUACUUAACCCUGAUAACGAGCCUUUCCUUCUGCCAUUUGCUCCGCAGAUCUACAAACGAUUGAUUGAUAUUAUGAGCUUCCCGGCUGGUGAUGCUCAGGCUGCAGCUGUUGGAGCAUUGUAUAACCUUGCGGAAGUCAAUAUGGACUGCCGGACGAAACUUGCCAGUGAGAGAUGGGCAAUUGAUCGGUUGCUGAAGGUGCUCAGGACACCACAUCCAGUGCCAGAAGUUUGCCGGAAGGCAGCAUUAAUCUUGGAGAAUCUCGUGAUGGAGCCGCAGAACAAGCCAUUGCUGCUGGCCUAUGAGAAUGCAUUUGCAGACAUGGUUUUCUCGGAGUCGAGGCAUGCAGAUACUUUCGCUCGGAUAUUGCAUGAACUGACUUCUAGGCCGAGUAACAAAGUUGCAUCUGCUCGUGGUAUUUGGGGUAUGUAG